AUGCAAACAAUGGAAAUGUACACAGGAUACUUCAAUUUGCUUAAAACCAUAAUGGGUGCCGGGAUAGUUAGCUACCCGCUCUUUUUUGUCGAGUUUGGAAUUGUAACAGCAACAGUUUUAUCGGUGGCAGCAUGCGCGCUUACGUUCAGCAGCAUAGUUAUGCUGUGCAAGUGCGCCGAGUACACAGAAAGCAACGGAAAAACGUUCACAGAUGUGCUGGGCAAAAUCUACCCGGGCCUGGGCAGCAUGUUUAACUGGGUUGUUUUUACAAAGUGCUUUGGCGUGAGUAUUUCCUACCUUGUGCUCCUGCAGCCGCUUUUGCUCUACAUCCUGAACAUGGCCAAUAUCCAGUCCCUCAGCAGCAUAAGCACGAUGCAAAUCACGUUUUUGUAUACCCUGAUUAUGUUCCCGGUGUGUGCCAUGAAGGACCUCAAAAGCCUAAAGUACACUUCAGUUAUCGGCGUUCUGGGGGUGUGCAUUUGCGUAGUGGCGAGCGCAUACAACUAUAUGAGGGUGCAUGGCUUGGGAGGCUCUGCUUCAGACACAGCCAUGUUUAGGCCUCCUAUGUACAGCUGGAUAGGAUUUGCAGGGCAGUUUGUGUUUUCUUUCACCUGCCAUCAGAACAUUUUUGGGAUUCGGGCGUCGCUGAGCAACCCAACAAUAAGAAAAAUGAAGAUUAUUUCGUUUUUCGGGCUGGGCACUGCGCUGGUGUUGUACGUUGUGUUUGGAAUAUUAGUCUAUAUGACAUACGGAAACAAGAUAGAAGACAACGUUUUUAGCUCCUUUAUCGACGGAAGCGUCAAGAACAUAGUAUUUGUGUUUUACACAGUAUUUAUAUCGUGCUCGCUCCCGCUGCAGAUACACCCGGCAAGAGACUGUCUCACAGAGUGGAUACUCUGCUUUAAGUGGGUGGGCAAGCAGGAAAAGAACAAGACCAUGGUGCGGGUUUUCUCCACGGGGGCCAUACUGUUUGCAUGCGCCAUGCUGGCGCUUAUCCCCAUGGGUCUGUCCACUAUACAGACGGCCGUUGGGGGAAGUGCUUCUGCAAUUAUGUGUAACUUCCUGCCAGCGAUAUGCUUCCUGAAAAUACCUAUUCGAAAGACUGUAAUAGAGAGAAUGGCUGCAGUUGCCCUUAUAGCAUACGGAGCACUCGCGUUCACGGGGGUUUUCAUAAAGCUCCAAAAUACUGCGCAGAAGUGA